AACUCACACUUUAUUAGAAAAGGUGGCGCGCAGUGAAGUCUGAGUCUUCAUAGGAAGAGGCCCCUGCUGUGGGGCGGGAGAGCCGGCACGGCUCCAUCUCGCGCACAGGUUGCCAUGGAGACGCGAGGAGCGGGAGGGUGGGGGUUCCACCUACCGGAUACGGUAACUGCAGAGGCAGCAGAUAGUGCAGGGAGGCAGAUGUGCUCCCUCUCCGCAUGACUUCAUCCACACGAGCGAGGACGCUCUCGAACCUGAACCUCCGGCGGAACCAGCGACGGAGCCGCGCUAGAAUGAGCGGACCUGCGCGGGCGCGCCUCCACGACACCCCGCACCGGAAACCUCGCCUGGACUCCGGCCUCGAGUAGGCUGCGGUGUGGGAGCGAUGACAGAAACGACACCGGAACCGGCAGCCGCGGGCGUCCGUCAUCAGUGACCGCGUUCAAUAUGCCCGCGCGGGCCGCCUGAUCCCGACGCGGCGCGAGCCCUCCGCUCCUCCGUCUGGAAACUUCUCGCGGCGGACAGCAGGCCGGCUAGCGGCGCUAGCGUUAGCCGCGUCCGCGUUAAUGGAAGAGACUUCUGCAAGACCUCCACUGACAUUUAUGGCCGUCAGUCCGAGGACUUUAUAACCGAGACGCUUUGUGUGGGAUCGAUCCCGGCGGAGGGGGGAGCAGGCCGGAAUCGAAACGAUGAAUUGGAGACGGCUGCUGCGAGUCUCCAACCGCUCCUUCCUGGCCUUCAUCUUCUUCUUCUCCAUGUCCACCACCUGCCUGUACUUCAUCUAUGUGGCCCCCGGCAUCGCCAACACCUACUUCUUCAUGGUGCAGGCUCAGGGCAUCAUCCUGAGGGACAACGUCAGGACCUUCGGUCAGAUGAUCAGACUGUACACCAACAAGAACAGCACUCUGAAUGGGACAGAUUAUCCUGACGGCAGUAACUCCAGCGAGUACCUGCUGCAGCCGACUACAUACCUCCCAGAGAACUUCACCUACACCCAGAACAUGCCGUGUCCAGAGCGCUUACCUUCUAUGAAGGGUCUAAUGGAAGUGAACAUGACCGAGAUCCCCAUCGAGGAGAUAGAAGUCAAGUUCUCCAGGUUCUUUGACGUGGAGUACGGAGGCCGUUGGAAACCGAAAGACUGUAAACCUCGCUGGAAGGUCGCCAUCCUGAUCCCCUUCAGGAACCGACACGAGCACCUGCCCAUCCUCUUCCAGCACCUGAUCCCGAUGCUGCAGAGGCAGCGGCUGCAGUUCGGCUUCUACGUCAUCGAGCAGAGCGGGAGCCAGCCUUUCAACAGAGCCAUGCUCUUCAACGUGGGUUUCCUGGAGGCCAUGAAGGACCUGGACUGGGACUGCCUGAUCUUCCAUGAUGUGGACCACAUUCCCGAGAACGAUAGGAACUACUACGGCUGUGGUCGCAUGCCGCGCCACUUUGCCGCCAAGCUGGAUAAAUACAUGUACAUACUUCCAUAUCACGAGUUUUUCGGAGGCGUCAGUGGACUGACGGUGGAUCAGUUCCGGAAAAUCAACGGCUUUCCCAACGCCUUCUGGGGCUGGGGGGGGGAGGAUGACGACCUGUGGAAUAGAGUUCACUUUGCCGACCUGAACGUCACGCGACCGGAGGGGGAGAUCGGCAGGUACAAGUCUAUCCCCCACCACCACAGAGGGGAGGUGCAGUUCCUGGGCAGGUACAAACUGCUGAGGUACUCCAGAGAGCGGCAGCAGCUGGACGGCCUCAACAACCUCCACUACAGCCCCCACACCUCCAUCAGCAGCCUCUACACCAACAUCUCUGUGGAUCUGUACCCCGAGCUCGCCCCCAUCCAAGACUACUGAACAGAAGAGAUGUGGGGGGGUGUUCUGGGUAAUGCUGCCAAGAUAUCUUCAUGUGGCAAAAAGGAAAAUCCUCAUUUCAAAUGGGGGGGGGAGCAGGUCUCUGUCCCGUCUGUGAGCGUGCACAUGUGCCUGCAUGUCUUUCUGUUCUGGGGUUUCUGCAGCUGCACUGAGUGUCGGUCUGAGCUGGGGAGGGGGGGGGGGGCGCAGCAGCAUCUAUAUGUUUACUGCAAAGCCUUAAAGUGGCAGAACAGAUCUGCUCUGUGCCCCCACCCCCCAGGAGCCAAAACCCCUCAUUUCUGUCACAGCCUUUUUUAUACAUAUCAUUUGCUCUCAGUGUUCCUAUUAGGGUGGGGGUGGGGGGCACGUCGCCAGACCAUUUUUCUGUAUUUAUUUCCUGUGAGAAGGGGGUGCUUGCCCCCCCUGCUUUUUUUUUGCUGCUGAAUGAACUGGUGUAAAUAUCAGCUUUUCCACCCUGAACACAGUCGCUCCUGUAAAUACCAGCGGACCUGUCCAGCCCCCCCAGCCAUGACUCUGGCAGGUACUACAGUUCGAGUCGUAAUCAGAGUCCUGAGCACCCCCUCUUGUUGUGUGUGUGUGUGGUGGUGGGGGGGGGGGUGUCGUCAGAAGAGUCACCCCAGAAGAAGCUGAAGAUACUCCAUUUUUUGUGCAUGCCUUAAUUUAUUGAGUUUACGCAUCGUUUCGUCAGGAGACGUCGAUUUUUUGUUUAAAAUUUGUUUUCACUCUGCCUUUUUUCUGACAAGCCCCCCCCCACUGGAUCUACACGAACCGCUUCAGUGCCACUUAUCUGUAUAUUUGUCUCAGAGGUGUUUUCAUUUUUUUAUUGUUUAAUAAAUUGAUUUCAGUGCUGGACCACGCCA